AUGGAAGCCCUCGAACAGGUCCUCCGUCCGAUCCUCCAACCGAUCACAAACAACCUCCCUAAGCCUAUUAGCGACGCGGCGAAGCAACUCCUCGGCGACGACCGAUGCUACACGUCCCUAAUCUACAACAUCAACCUCUCCGACCUAGAAUGCCUCAAGCUCGCCAUCUCCAAAGCCCUGGGCAUCGCCAUAAUCGGUGCCUCUUCGAUCGUCAAGAUCCCGCAACUUCUCAAGCUCCUGAACUCGCAAUCGGCUGAAGGCAUAAGCUUUCUCUCCUACUUGUUGGAAACCGCAAGCUAUCUCGUGACACUGGUAUACAAUGUUCGGAACCAAUUUCCGUUCAGUACUUAUGGCGAGAUCGCGUUGAUUGCGAUUCAAAACGUGGCGAUCAGUGUACUGGUAUUGCAAUACUCGGGCAAAGGGCCUGCGGCAGCGGUUUUCGUUGCGGGACUUGCAGGGGCAGGAUACGCGCUAUACAAUGACAGUAUUGUCCCCAUGGGUACAUUGCAGUACAUUCAGGCAGGAGCCGGGCUUUUGGGUGUUGCGAGCAAGCUUCCUCAGAUCGUUGCAAUCUUUCAACAGGGCGGAACGGGGCAGUUAUCUGCCUUUGCUGUCUUCAACUAUCUCGCCGGAUCGUUGGCUCGUGUAUUCACGACUCUCCAGGAGGUUGAUGACAAGCUUAUCCUGUACGGAUUUCUCUCCGGCUUCGUGCUUAAUCUUAUCCUCGCGGCCCAGAUGGUGUACUACUGGAACAGCCCUAGCAGCAAGCAGACAACUCAGACCAAGUUGGAGCCCAGCGGCAAGAAGGCCAUCUCGCAAGCCGCAGGGGCGAGCAAAGCAACUGGAUCGGAAAAGGCCAGGACCACUCCCUCUACUCGAAGACGGGGGUAG